GAGACCCUGUUCUAGCUACACCCUCAACAGCAUAAUGCUGUUCAGGUCUAUCGUCGGUCGGUCGUGCUCUAUCUUACAAUCGUGGUAUUUUCUCUGUACAUGAAGAGUUUUUGCUAGGUGAAAUGGACUGGCUGUCUUGCCUUCUUCAGUGGGCAAUUAUCAUCCUCGUACGACUCCGGCCACCUCACUCAGCAACAGCAUCCUCGCCGUCAACGCCGGACACUUCCAAUUUUUCCUUGGGAUCGCGCCGUACCAGCGGAAGCGAGCGACUGUCAGACCGCAGCACAAUGAAUUCAUACAGGCAUCAAGCCACGAGAACGGCGCGCUGUGUGGCACACAGCGACGCAUGGUAUACAACAGAAGAUGGCUAACACAACGAAGCUACAGAGAAGAUUUACGGAACACAUGUGCCACUAAUUCACAAGGGAAAGAAAGGAAGACGACCUCUGAACCCAAUCAGUCGACCGUGUAUGUGUU